AUGGCAACUGAGACCGAGGCUGGGGAACCCGGGAAGGGGAAGCCCUUUAAGCUUCUAGGGAUUUUAGAUGUCCAAAAUGUACCAUGUGCACGAGACUCUCUCCUCUAUGGCUCAUUAGGAUCUGUCAUAGCUGGCUUUGGACAUUUUUUAUUUACUAGUAGACUUAGAAGAUCUUGUGAUGUUGCAGUAGGAGUAUUUAUUUUGGGAACUUUAGGAUGCUGGUUUCCUUGUAGAUAUAAUUAUGCAAAGCAAAGAAUCCAGCAAAAAAUUGUCCAAGAAGGAAUACAAAACAAGAUUUUGUUUGAAAGCACCCACCUUGAUCCUGAAAGAAAACAGAUCGGCACCAAAAGCAGCAAUUCUUAAUCUAGGCCAGAAAGCUAAGGAACAACUUAAAGCCUUCCUUG